UGGCUGGUGGGGUGUGCGCUUAUUCGAUCAAAUGCAGGACAAAUUCAAAAACGCCAUGGAUGCUGAGGGCAGAUUGCAACUUGAUUUCUUGGUGAAGAAGUUGAGUCCUCUGUUUGACUUUGACCCACUAUUACCAAGGACCCUAAUGACUACAGUCAGCUGGCGGCAUCUCCUUCAGGCAACUUCCAUGCCUGACUUUCCACCAGAUUGCUGCAUAGCUGUAUGCUAUUACUACAUAAGAACAAAGGAUUAUAUAUACUUGCAGGAUCGGGAGGUUAUUGAACAGUGCUGUCGGGCAGUGGUUGAAAAGAUCAAGGCACUCCAGGCGACACCAGAUGUAGUAAGAAGUUGUUUUGAAAAGAGAACCAGAGAUGCAGAAUACCUUCUUAGCCUGUCCAUGAGCCUGGUGAACCUGUUGAUUAGUGAAACUCACUCUCAAGGAUGUAGGUGGCAUAAAGUACGGACCCUAGUAACAGAUGCAGUGGGAGUUCUGGCGGCUAGCAUGAGCUAUUGUAACUAUUUAAGCACGUUCAUGGAUGAACACAAUCAUGCAGCUGUGUUAUCGUGGUUACAGGAGAAACUUAGAUGGGCUCAAGAAAGCAUCUUGUGUUGGCUUCAUCGAAUCUUGCCUGUAAGGAUGAAAGAAAGAACACACUUCUCCCUUGCCGAUGGUCUGGAACCAGAGAUUUUCUCAAAACUUCUUUAUGUUGAAUAUGGUUUUGGUGGUCUCGAUCAGUUCUGGAUUCAAGGCUUGAUUGACAAAUUGUCUUACAGGAUCCAACAAGUCAGCCCUCGAGACCGUGCGGAAAUGUUCUGUUGUGGCCUGAUAGAUUUCAGCAAGUACCACAAGCUGAUAGAGACACGUUUCAGUGGCGCAGUAUUCGAUAUCUUGAAUGAGGUGGACCUCCUUCGCAUUGGUUAUGACAGUUCAUCCGAGAAGUUCCGAUAUCUUGUGUCAAGAAAAUUUAGGGACGCUUGGAGAAAGGAAGUGGGGAAUUCGGACAACAGAGAUAGGAUCCUCCUGCAUCUGCUAAGCUGGCCAGCAUCACCUGGAUAUCUUGAGAUCUAUCAAAAUGGUAGGGCUAAUGCAAUUUUGGAGGAUGAAUGCAAGCAAAAUAUGGCAAUAGCUGCAUCAGUGAUUACAGAUCUUCAUGAACGAUUAUGGUCACAUGAUAUUAGUGUCGAAGAGUUUGAGCUGAUAAUGAAAAACAAGGAAUCGUUCAUCGCCCUCAGUAGAGUCUUAAUCAUUGGAAGGAAGCAGACACUUAAUGAGAAAACUGUGAGAGAUGAGGUGAUUGCCUUUCUCGACAUGCGGCAAUAUGAGCUAGAAUACUACAGGGAGACGUGUCAAAAACUGCAGCUUCUCAUUGAUGCUUGCUGUUCCUUCCCCUGUGUGAAUGUUGGUCCGCUGGGACAGAUAGUGCAACGUGAUGUGCAAAAUGCUAAGAUCAGAGAGCUGGUUACACCGAUACCUCAUCAACAUUAUUAUAAGAAAGGACGUCCUUUGCCUGAAAUCAUAGCGUUUGCCAUCCAUCCAGCAAUAAUUGGCAUUCUGGAUGAUGUCGGAUUUGUCAAGUUGAGCCUCAUCUUGAAAAACAUCUGGAAUAGACUUGGACAUCUUCAAACAAGACGGGUCGAUUCGGGAGCCAUUGAAACUUUAGAUCUCGAGGCAGUCGUUGAAGACAUCUGGGCCCCUGCCUGGAAAGAGUGGCAUCGAGUUAUUCUGAGUCUGAAAGUUGGCAAUGCCACUUUACAAGACAUUGAUAAAUACUUCAGUGUCUUUGAAGCCAGGAUUCCCAGCAUUGCGGAGGAAUUAAGAGCCAUGAAAAACUUCGGUGACAAUGAUUUGGAUGUUGGUGUAGUGCUUGGAAAAAUAGAGGUGUACUACCAGCUCGAACACUAUGCUGAUGGAGCCAGAGCAAUUUUACAAGUGAAGGAUAUAUUUGGCUUGGCAGGAGACUUCAAGACUCUUGAAAUGCUUGCAAAUGUGGAAAGAAGCAAAAACCAAUCCCUUAACCUCAUGGACAGGACAAUACUCAAAACAGGACAGUUAUAUAAAGAUAUAUCACCGGAACAGAUAAGAUGUCUGCAAGUGAUUGGUGAAUGCAAUGAGCUGAUCAAAUGGCUCAAAAAGGAGAUUGGAGGCACCAAGGACCUAAAAGUUUUUGUUGACCUGGCAAGCAUCAGUGCAGGAGAGGGAGAUUACAACAUGGAUCGUGUCCACGUGCUCCAUUCAGUCAUCACCGGCUAUGCGCCUCUCAUCUGUGACCUGCCUGAGGAUGCAGAUGCGGAGACAUUCCUUAGCCAUUGUGAGAUGGUCUGGGGAGCUUUGAAAUCUGAUCCGAAGUUGCCCAAGAAAUUGAAAAGCACUCAGGGUCUCAUGGACUGGUUGAAAUUCGUGAAAGACUCCCAUGGUUCUGUAGAGGUCAGUUCUCUGAGUGAAGCUGAUGCCAUCAACGCAAGAGGAAUUUACAAAGUUGGAAAUCUUAAGAAAGGGCACAAGAAAAUGGAGGAUGUGAUAGAGCUGAUUGUUCCAACUGAGAAGGAAGGUGAAGUGUCAAAAAGAUACAGCUUUGAACAACUGACUGACCUUCAGAGCAAAUUGAUGUUGGUGUCAACAGCGAAGAGGGGAGCUGAGGAUGACAGCUCCAAACAUGCCGUUGACAGAUUCACAGAGAUCUUUGAGGGCGUGACUACUCUUGCAAAAACGUAUGUGAAGAUAUGCUUUGCCGGCAACGUACUGUUCCACGACUGGGUCUCAACGAUUGUCUGUGAUCCCAAGAGAAACGUGAAACUGAAAGUGAACAUUCAACUCGAAGAAGGCAUUUUGACGGACAGUCGUGAGGGUGAUGUUAUUGGAAAGAUUCAUCACUUGGAAAAGUUCAUGGCGGAUUGUCUGAAUGAAUGGCGGGCCCACCUAAGCGAACAACGCUCGACAUUCCCUCAGCUGAACCACUUUACUACAGCACAGAUUGUCACAUUGCGUGGUGAUUUCGCCAAAGUCAGGAAUAAGGAACAACUCGAUGUGACGACCUAUGAUAUGCUUCAUAAUAUCAAAUGUCACCUUACACAUGAAGACCUCAUUGCAGCCGUUGACGAUGCUGAGAAUUUCUUCAGGGUGCAUACAGCUCCGAUUCAAAAAGAGACCCCUGUCAAUGAAUCAGGAGAGGAUGCUGAGGUUGUACCUGAUGUCCGAGAAGUUCUAGAGAAGUUAACUGAUGGAGGUGUCUCGGAAAAGCUAGCCCGUCUUGCUGUCAAGGAAUGUGGCUUGAAUGUGGAUGAUUGUACACUGUGGUGUUUUGAAAACGAAGACAAAGACGAUGACGAUGAUGAUCAAAGUGAGUCCUCAGAGAGCGAUGAUACAGCAGAUGACCUUAACGCAAUGCAGCCAACAAUGAGUGAUGUAACCUCUAAACUACUUAACCAGCUGGAUAAAUCAAAAUUGGGACUGUGUGAUCAGUUGAGGGACCUGUGGCAUGGAUUCCUUGAGAAUGUCUCGACAAGUGUGAAGGACUACCUCAGUGUGAAGCACCUUGGCAUGAUAUUAGAUGCACUUGCUGACAGAGAAGAUACUGUGAUAAAGAGAUCCUUCCCUCCAGUGUUGAAGUCAGGACGACCUAACCUCAUCGUUUGUCCAGAAGAUGAUGUGUAUAUCACUGCUCUGAGCUUGUAUAUGGAUGACAAACCUGAAGAUGUGCCACUACCAAAUGAUGAUGAAGUCUUGUUGUGCACAGUUCACACUACAGCUGAGGAGGUUGAGCUCCUGUGGCAGCGGGCUGUGAAUGAUCAGCAAAGAAAGAUAUUCUGUCUUGUAAAUGCAGACCUCUUAGAUUAUGAUGUGAGCGACCAAGUUGAGAAGUCACUUGAUAGUUCCAUCAAGGGAAAAGAAGACUUCAGGUUGGCAAUCAUCUGUUCUGCGGAGAGGGAAGAUACCGCGCGCAUUGUUACAGCUCUAGAUAGAGACAGAAGGUCAUUGAUUCCCUGUACAACUGAGCAAGUAAUGGACUACCUCCAUCGGCAGUUCCAGAAGGACCUGGAUUCUUGUGGUGGAAACUCAGCAGCAAAGGUUGAAUUUGAAAAAUUGUCUGUCCGUCUUGUCAAAUCCUCAAGAGCUGGGGUUGGGAAGAGCCUUCUGAUUAAGAAACGGAGCGAGUUACUUGGUAGUCGGGCCAUAACUGUCCGCCUUCAUGAAAGACACAUGACAGAUGCUAACCUGGUGGCAAACUUGGUCGAAAAACGUGGCAAUGUGAAGAAAGAGAUAAAACCAACCCUGUUCCACAUUGACAUUGGACAUGAUGUGGUGGAAGGGGUCAACCAUGUUCUGUUCAAUCUACUUGUUCUCCGCUGCGUGAAAGAUGCUACUGGGAGAUGCUGGAGACGCCAUCCAUCUGACUUGUACAUGAUUGAGAAUUUGCCUCUCUUGAAACAGGAAGUGCAAAGGACAACUGGGAGUGAUAAAGUCCAGUAUGUCCACCAGAUGCUGAAUAUUCUGCCCAGUGUGACUUGUCAUCCUCCAAAGGAAACAUUGGCUAUGCUGAGGAAUGAAACCAACCCAGAAGGUUUCUUGGUCAACGUUCCCCUGAUAUAUGAAGAUAUAUGCAAACACCAGGAGUUCAGAAGACCGUUCAAUCACCUCAAGACGCUCACUUCCGCUGAAACGCAGUCAAGUCGUUUGUAUUUAUGGUUGGAGUUGCUCUUGAGUUACUGUGGUGUGGAGAAUGGUGAUCCUUCCUGGUCUGAGUUGCACAACUUUGCCUCCUUCCUCAACACUCAGCUAGCUGAUGCAGAGCGCUCUGCUUUCUGCUCAGAUUCUGCCCAGGAGUUUCUACCUGGGUUCACAGUCUUUGUGGUGAAGUUCAUGGUUCAGAUGUCAAAGGACUUUGCCACACGAUCAUUGAUGGUGUCAGAAGAAACACCACAGUUACUUCGACCGCAGGUAGGAGAGGAUGAAGAUAAAGAUGGAGAGGUUGAGAAUGAUGAUGGUCUGCUAGCUCUACGUAGGAGAUGGGAGUCAAGCCCACAUCCAUACAUCUUCUUUAACCCUGAUGGUCAAACGUUCACAUUUCUUGGCUUCAACAUCGACAGAAGGACCGGUAAUCUGAUCGAUAAUCAGACGAGACAGAUACUGAAUACAAAUAUCAUGUCACGACAACUUUUUGAUGCCCUGGUAGGAAAUGGCGUUAAACUCACUGAGAACUUCGACACACUUAGGAGAAUUGACAAAAUUAAACGGCUGCGUAAUGUGAUGGGUUUGGAUGAUAUGAACGAUGCCAACCGGAACGAUCCUGACCAAACCUACGAACUUACAACUGACAACGUGAAAAAGAUGUUGGCAAUUUACAUGCGGUUUAGGUGUGGUAUCCCAGUUGUAGUGAUGGGUGAGACAGGGUGUGGAAAGACGCGGCUCAUCAAGUUCAUGUGUGAUCUGCAGGUACCACUGAAUGAAGAUAUCAAGAACCUUGUGCUUAUGAAGAUCCAUGGUGGAACAACUCAUUUGGACAUAAUCAAGAAAGUUCAGGAAGCGGAGAAACUAGCAGUUAAGAACAGGGAGAACAACCCCAAGAUGUACACCAUCCUGUUCUUCGAUGAAGCCAACACUACUGAAGCCAUUGGUCUCAUCAAGGAGAUUAUGUGUGACAACAGUAUUAACGGCGAGCAGAUCAGCACCAACGCUGGAUUGAAAUUUGUGGCUGCUUGUAAUCCUUACAGAAAGCACACCAAGGAAAUGAUACAGAACCUUGAACAGGCUGGACUUGGAUACAAUGUCAAAGCAGAUAAAACUGCUGACAAGCUAGGGCGUGUGCCAAUGAGACACCUGGUGUACCGUGUUCAACCACUCCCACAGAGCAUGUUGCCUCUAGUCUGGGACUUUGGACAACUCAGCGAUGAGGUGGAGAGGAUGUACAUCAAACAAAUGGUACAAAGAUACAUGGCCAACGGGCAAAUACCGAACGGACCUGAACUGAAUCGUGUCAUCACAAACAUCCUUGCUGCCUCUCAGAGAUUCAUGAGAACACAACAGAAUGAAUGUAGCUUUGUCAGUCUUCGGGAUGUUGAGAGGACAAUGAAUGUGAUGGCGUGGUUCUAUGAACGGAUUGAACUUCUCAAAGAACUGAUGGAUGAUUCGGAUGAUGAGGAUGAAGAAACUGUUGGAGAUGUAACACGCUCUCUGAUCCUUGCACUCGGUGUGUGCUACCAUGCGUGUCUGCAAGAACAAACCAGAGGUGCAUAUCGAGACAUUAUUGCAGAGCAUUUCGAAGAACCUUGUGCACUUCCAGACCCCCGUUGUAUUCUUGACGAAAUAAACAGAUGCCAAGAUCUCUUCCUUGACCAAGCGCAAAUCACAGAGCCCAACAUUGCUCACAAUCAGGCUUUAAAGGAGAACCUGUUUAUGAUGGUUGUGUGUAUUGAGCUGAGGAUACCUCUGUUCCUGGUUGGAAAGCCUGGAAGUUCAAAAUCUCUGGCGAAACUCAUUGUGACAGACGCUAUGCAGGGAGAGACUGCUAAGACCCCUCUCUUCAAGUCCUUAAAGCAGGUUCACAUGGUAUCAUUCCAAUGUUCUCCAUUGGCCACACCUGAUGGUAUCAAAGGAACAUUCAAACAGUGCGCAAUGUUCCAGAAGAAAAAGAACUUGGAACAGUUUGUGUCAGUUGUCGUAUUGGAUGAGGUCGGAUUGGCUGAAGAUUCACCACGAAUGCCGUUGAAGACACUCCAUCCCCUUCUUGAAGAUGGUACAUGUGGAGACGAUGAGCAACCUGAUGAUGAUCGCACUGACGAUGAUGGUAAUGAUGAUGAUGAUAAUGUUGUUUCUACUGACUACAAGAAGGUGGCAUUCAUUGGAAUCUCCAACUGGGCUCUUGAUCCUGCCAAAAUGAAUCGUGGCAUUCUUGUCCAGCGUGAUGUACCUGAUGAGAAUGAACUCAUUCGGAGUGCGGAGGGAAUAUGCUCGACCAAGAAACAGGUGUUAGAAGAUAUAAGGCCACUUAUUCCAAGAAUGGCAAAUGCUUAUUUGGAACUCUACCGGAUGUCAUCUCACGAAAUCCGAGAGUUUUUUGGUCUGAGGGAUUUCUACAGUCUGGUCAAAAUGGUAUAUGCCUUUGCGGAGAAAUCAGGAGCUGCUCCAACCUGGCAUCAGUUAGAGCAUGCUGUCCGCAGAAACUUCGGUGGAAUAGAAAAUGUGAAUCCAGUAAAGGUGUUCAAGAACAAAUUCCCCAAUAUGAGUACACAACGUAAGCCGAAUGAUCCCAAAUGUGAUACAGAGGGCUUGAUCAAAGCAUGUCUAUCAGGAGAUGGUGUGAGCAGUGAGAGCCGAUACCUACUCAUCCUGACAGAGAAUUAUGCAGCCCUAGGCAUCCUGAAGCAGCAUCUCCUCAACAUGGAAGACUUCAUUGUCAUUUUUGGGAGCAGCUUCCGCAGUGACCAGGAAUAUACUCAGGUCUGCCGUAACAUCAACCGCAUUAAGAAGUGUAUGGAGACCGGGAAGACCGUGGUACUUCUGAACCUGGAGUCGUUGUACGAGUCCUUGUAUGAUGCUCUCAAUCAGUACUAUGUUUACAUGGGAGGCGAGAGAUACGUGGAUCUUGGACUUGGCACCCAUCGUGUCAAGUGUAGGGUUGACGCUAGGUUUAGGUUGAUAGUGGUUGCCGAGAAGGAGGUCGUGUACAAGGAGUUCCCGAUUCCGCUAAUCAACCGCCUGGAAAAACAUGUGCUGGCCAUGACGACCAUGUUAAGUGAGAAGCAGAUAAAGGUCACUAAGAGGAUUGAGAAGUGGGCAAAAGAUUACGUCACACCGAAAUUCAAUACCCCAGUACCUCAGUCAAGACGGAAAGAAAUUGUCCCUGGUGAUGUAUUCUGUGGUUACCAUGAUGACACUGCAGCGUCUGUUGUUCUACAGAUUAGCAAGGAACUGGAUGCAGAUGAGACCAGUACUGGAUGGGCUGAAAAGGUUUACAAUCGGUGCAAAGAUGUUCUCCUGAUGUGUGCCACACCUGAAUCAGUUGUCAGGCUGAAAGAUACACAGUUAGCUCCUGAAUGGAAAGCCCUUUCUGAGAAAUACUUCAUCGAGCAAGCUCAUGACAGCCUCAGUCAAGUUGUUAGUCAGCUCCUGAAGGAUAGGACAUCGGGAAAAGGUAUCUUCCUGGAGGUGACCACAAAGUCGCAUCUUUUUGCCAAGAACGAUGCUCGGAUUUUGUCCCGGAGGUUGGGGAUUGGAAAAAACUUCACCCUGCUGGCCUUGCAGGCAAUGGACACAAAGCAACAGUUUUCCAGGGAGUUAAGGAAGUUCUUUGACCAGCAGGACAAUGAUGAACGACUUAUGCUUCUCCAGUGUGACUCUGGUGACAGGAACAGUAACUUGAUAGCAUGUGCACGCUACCAGAUUAUGGAAGAGUUCACCAAGUCGAAAAAUACAAUGAGAGGAAAGGCGCAUUUCGUGUUUAUUGUCCAGAUGCCUAGAGUGAUGGCAGGAAGCUUCAUUGGAUUCCAAGGUGGAAGGUGGUCCUCUGUAUAUAUCGACGACCUUCGUGUUACUCACCAGCCUGCCAUCAUGAAGUUGUCUGAACAAUCCAUAGGUGAUCUGAUAGGGGAAUCUGUGAGGAAAGGAAGUGUUGGGAAAGGAAUUGGACAGUGCCUCCAGCAAAAGCAUGCCCUUUCAUUCAUUGACGAUGUUCAUGUCCCAAGGGAAGGACUGCUGACCCCACCACUUUCUCCUGAAAGUGUUGACAUCAAUAUCGAUGGAAUUGACCUUGAAAACCAUGAAACAUGGCCAAUUCAACCUUCACCUGAACGACUGAAUGAGAUUGUGCAGAUGACAACACAGAGGGCUCAAGAGCAUGGUGGAUGUCGCCCUAUUGAUAGAUCGGUUGAGCAAUUCCUUGAUGUAGAUGCCCUUAUUCAAUCAUGUAUCCAGAGUGCUGCUUCUAUCGUCAAAGAUCCAGAAUUUGUGCCUUCUGAGAGAGCCACAGAACGUUUGCACAUCAUUUUGGAAAAGGUUUCUCAGAAAGAAGAUGUGAACUCCCUGAUGUCUGCCAUGAAGGUUCGAGUGCUCCAGCUCUUCCAAGAAAAAGAAGGCAGGACAUCAGUACAUUCGAUGGCCAGUGAUUGGCUGAGCAAGGAAGCUGCUGCCACGGAAACCAUCAAUCGGGUUGGAACCUUCAGGAAGGCAGUCCAGAUGGUGAUGGAAAACAAAUUGACACCAAUCCUUGCAGGUUUAGUGGCCUACAUGGAUACAAACUGUAAUCUCGAUAUCCUCAAGAAAAACGAGACAAGGCUUGACGACGUCAUCCGACAACUCUGGCUUCAAAUGUUUGCUGAUAAUCUGGUGACUCCACUAUCCUACACGCAGUUCCAGUCGCCCACAACCCAUGUUGAUGUGACAGAAAUGAUUGCCCCACAGACAGGCAACGGUCACCAUCUGUUCAAACCUCAGUUUCCUUUCUCCUGGGAGAUACACUCACAAAUGGAGUUGAUUAUACAGACAGCACAAAGAGCACCAGGAGAGGAGAUGGAACUGACUUGCCAGAGGCUGUUCCAGGAGAGCCCUGUGGGAAAAUCAUUGACGAGAUUCAUGCAAGACCAGCCAGAGACUGUACAGGAUGAAUUGAUGGAACAGUACUUGAAAGACUUCGUUCAUUUGUGCUUCAAGGCCGUUGAGGAAGACCUGGAACAGAUUUUGAUAAAGACUCUCAAGAUUGCCUUCAGGGAAGUGUGUCAGACAUUAAAACUAGAUGGGGAGGAUGGCACAAGAUUGACGAUACAGAAACUUCACUUGACGCAUGCGAAGUGUCGUGAGCGCUUGGAUCAUUUCAUCUAUGCCUGCAGUAUCUGGCCUGAGUGCUUAGAAUUGCUCAUAGAAAGCAAACAUAAAGAGCUCAGCAACACACUCACAGAGAUGACCCUUGAUGUGAUUGUCCUCAUCCGGAUUAUUGACCACAUCAAUAAUGUUCACGAUGAGCAUGAAAAACAAGAACAUCCAUUAAAGAAAAAGAUACAAGGGCGGAGGUUGUGGAUUGACCGAGUCAAAUUAUUCAAGCCUUUGGCUGAGAGAAUCAUGCAGCAGACUGCUGCUCAUGGUCAGGGCCUACCUCUAGGAGCAUUGUGCCAGAAAUAUGUGGAGGAGUACAGGCCUCUAUGGACUAGGAUCUGUGUUGUCCAACUCUUCAUGGAUCAUGUGUGCCCACCCCAUGUCAAGACUGAAGCAGAUCGUGUUGAUUCAGUGGGUCCAAUUUGGAUGUAUUUGAGUAAGGAUGUUGAUUUCAAGAAAGCAUCAACUGUUGAGAAGGUCGCUAAGUACUUAAAAACAUGCAAGAACAGAUAUGUGAAGAAACUGUACAAAAAUCACUUGAAGUGUCCAGGAUGUCAGGAAGAAAAAAGCGAUCCCGUUCAACUUCCUUGUAAACAUUCCAUCUGCCGCAAAUGUCUCAAUGACCAGAUUGAAGCAGAUGACCGCAUUUGCCUGAAAUGCAAAGCAGAAAUCCCCGAGGCUUUUCAAAUCCCUGAUAGAGUUAGCAAUAGAGAUGCUGACAUUGCCUACAACAAGUACAUCAACGCUAGUAACCAGUUCUUCAUGGACAUCAUCUCUCAGCUUUGCUUUGCCGAGGACUCGCCUCCACAGCAGGAUGUCGUGAACAUUCUCAUGUCAUAUGUAAUCUAUGAGCCGCAAGGCCAGGAAAGCAGAUUGCGUUCCCGCACGAAACAGUUUACUGUGUAUGAUGAGUGUAUUGACCCAACUCCUGUCCUGAGGUCUCUGCUGUUGCAGCUACUACUGAGAUAUGACAUUGAUGAUGUACGAGAACACUUGCAGCUGUAUUUUGAGAAAUCUCAGGGCUUUUUGGAAAAUAAAAACCAUGUUAUCGAGUUGUCCCUGUUGUGCACACGAUGCUAUGAGGAUUCCUACCACAGUCACUGCAGCAGUGACUCAAGGGGUGAUGUCCUGGAGAUGAGAAUAAGGAUGGCAACAGAACACCUUGGGUCUGCUUGCAACAAUUUGGAAAGAGAAGAACUUGACAUCAACAAGGUGGAGGCUAUUGCUAAGACUAGGUUUGGUCUCGGCGUUGCAGCUGAGAUGAUGUACAGGCUCCACGUAGCUGAGGAGGAUGGGCAUGAUAGAGAUGCUGUUGGGAAAUUAUGGCAAGCAGCUUGGGCAGUUCAUGAUAACAGCAAAUCAGACUGGCCGAGGUUGUACUUAGUUAAACAACUCUGCCGGACAUAUGGCAUGGACUGUCUGCACCAAGUCUCCCAAGUCCAGUACCUCGGGUGGAUUCUACCAGAGGAGGCCAGGAAUAACCAGAAUGAUGGAAUUGAUCGCCUUGUCUUGUUUGGUGAUCAUUAUACCAGGUUACGGGAUUCAGUGGUGAAUGUCACCUUAGGAAAACCAUUGCAGGAUUUUGCUUCAACUUGUGAGGGGUUGAAGGGAAAGAACCGGGUAAAAGAAGUGGCCUGCCUUUUGGCCUUGCAUCAGGCGGUGUUCGCUCAGAACAUGUUUGAGGAGAAUGUCAAGCACAGGAUAAGUGACGAGAUCAUUGACAACCUGCUGAGUGUCUGUAUUAACCAGACUUUCAUGAAGAACAAGCAAGCUGCCCAUGAUAUUCUAGAAAGGUCCAAGUCCAAACAAUUAGGUCCUGAACCUGUCAGGGCUGACGAAACGACCAAGGCCAUCAAAAAUCUGCUGCUGUUAUUCAACCUUGUGAUACAGUCAUCGAACAAGACACCAGCUCUGUUGAAGCCUCUCAGAACUAUGAUGAGUGCACCACGCAAAAUGGUGGCCUCUUAUCUACCGACCAUGCCCCAGGAUCAUCUUGAAGAGCUGAGAACUGCUCUUCUUGCUGCUAAGACUGCCAAAGAAAAUCCAGUAUUUUACGCGUGCAGCAACGGCCAUCCGUACAUUAUUGGAGAUUGUGGUGGACCAUAUCAUAGAGGGAAGUGCCAAAAAUGUGGGGUUACAAUUGGUGGAACAGCUAAUGUAUCUGCGGAUGGGAACGUUAGACUGGAUACCAGGGACAACACACAGACCGGCCACAUAUUAGGACGAGCAGACAUGAGUGAUCUAACUCCUGUCCCAGAACGUGAUCUGACUCCGGCUGUUACGAUCAUCCUGCGACUGCUACUCCACCUAUCUAUGCAUAUUGGCACCAACCAUGAUGCCCAGGCUGUAGCUGACAUGAUCAGACCAAACAUCGGUUCCGAUGAAGUCUGUACAUUCCUAUUAGAUCAUAUUCGCCACGAUAUCCAACAGCUUGCAAGGGCUCUUGGGAAGUCGCCUGAUGAUUGCUUGUCAGUUAUGACUCUACUUGUCGGUGGUGGAUUCAUGGAAGAACAGAGAAGUGAUGCCUGCUUUAACUUGGACCUGAAUUCCAAAGAUGCCCGUGUGCAAUGGGAGAUUGCCUUCUCGCAAGCAUAUGUGACGCCUCUACUGCAUGACUUUGAUGUCAAAGUGAACCGAAUCAAUGAACGAUUGCUUAGUGACGAGCGUUUGUCAAACAAUCCCCUGAUCAAGAUUAUACACGAAGUGGUCACACUUGGUGAUGAUGUCGAUGUCAACAAGAUCCACGACAGUCACAUGAUGUGGCAGUAUCGAUACCGGGUGACGGUGGACCACCUGACACAGCUCAUGAAUGAUAAUGACCAUGAUCGUGAGGAGACAAGGAUCUUACGUCACUUCCUUCAAGAGGAACAUCAUCUGCGGGCCAUGUGUCAUCUCCCAGCCAUCAGCAGACUGCAGCAAUUGUUGCUUCAGAAAUACCAGCAUAGAAUCAAUCAGGCGGAUGCACAGCGCAUUAAGGUCAGCAAAUUCCUGCAGGAAUACGAAGUAGCACAAAGGGACGAGAUCAAGAAAUUGGUGGACGAGUUUGCUGAAGCCUGGAAGUGUGUCCGAGAUGCACUUCGAACAUACACCGCGAGUGGGUACACACUCCCCCGGGACAACUGCGAGCUGGCUGUGGAUGGUGAAACGCCUAUCGCCAUGCUAAUUCCAUGUUCGCAGGGACUAGGCCUCUGUUCUGUCAUGCUGCUUGAGUUCCUCACGAGGAAACACAACGAAUUCAUCAUGUCAUAUUGUAGAUACAAGGAGAAAGCAUCAAGUGAACUGCCCGAGUUCAGCACUAAAGAAGCAACACCCGCACAUCUGAUCUCCUAUGACCCUGAGAAGGACCUUCUACCCAUGGUCCUUGCCCAUUGCAACUACUCCCUGGAGAUCGGGAAGGGCACUGUCAUCAGUUAUGACUUCAGUGGAAUAGAAAGACAACUUGAGGAAAGACUUCUUAGAGGAAAACCAAAGUUGCGGUUCGAGGUAUCAUCCAUUGUUUUUCGAGGGGAUUACAGUAACGCUGUUGAAUUCCAUGCAUUGAGGUCCAAGAUUUCUCAGGUGCCUUUGAGCCAUGCCAUGCAGAUGCAGAUAGUGCAAGACUGCCGUCUCCACUAUCACAGCCUACCUGACUCUUUGGCCCAUCUUGAUGUGGCUAUCCACUUCCUCCUCUCGGUUGGUGGAGAUCCGAAGGCAAAACUGAUCACAUUCAUGUGUGACACCCUUAAGAUGUCUGAGAAGAUUUUCACGACGCAGAUCCGUCAACAUUGCCUACUGAUGCACAUCCAGUCUCUAUGGUUGACUCUGUCCUUGGAGAGGUCAAGACAAAUGUUCCACUACCAAUCGGACCCAUUUGAUACUGUGUCCAACGACUACCAUCAACCAUUGGACGAUGAUGUUAUUCAUUCACUUCACAAUGCUCUGCAGCAUCUUAACAUUGACACCUUCGUGUCAGAACUCCACGAGUGCAUUCUUUUGAACAUUAAUGCCCAGCAAAGUAGAAACGAUGAGGAUGCAGUCGAUAAUGCUAACUUCGGCCUCGCUGAUGUAAUAACAGAAUACAUCAACUCCAAGGAUGGCACAGAAAUUCCUUCGCUGAGUAACGGAAUGUUUCCCAGGGAAAUUCUUGUGAAGCACGCUGUUUCUGUCUGGACAGAGGCCGUCACCAUUCAAAACAAGGAAGAAACAAACAGGAGGCAUUAAUGAGGACAUUACGAGGGUUUUUCAGGCAUGCCAUACAUAUAUAUAUACCUAUUAUAUGACUUUGGCAGCAUGGGCUUAUCGCCAGAAGCGUUAGUUUGAACACAAUCUAUAUUUCUUUUAACGUACAUGUAUGCCUUCAUCAGUGUUGUGAUAUCCUCCCAUUGUAAUGACGUACAGGUGUACUGGCCGGGUAACAUGGGAAAAAUAUAUUGUAUAAAUUCCAAUAAUAUGUUAAAAAACAUCUUCAAAAGUGGUAUAAUUCCUCAAACUGGAUUUUGACUCUGUAUAAUGUAAACAAUUGCAAUGUUAGCAGUUGAUUGACUAAUUGUGUUAUAAACAUCAAAUAGACGCUUUGCAUUUUUCUGGGCAUAGAGGUGAGAGAACAUAGAAUAUGACCUUAAUCACAUAACAGCUGGUACAGUUUCCUACAAUAAUAAGGACAGGUUUAUGCCAUAGAGAUAUAAAGAAUUUCUGAUAGCUCAGCUAUAAGCAACACUUAUACUGCCUAGUUCUGAUGAUGUCAUAUUUACUGCUCCCAAUCACAUCAGUCAAAGUUUUAUGCUGAGACUUAUACUGGUAAUAGGCCAGUGAACAUCAUGGGUGAAAUGAAUAAAGACCAGCAAAUGCUUUUAUCUAAAACUCCAUGUACAUUUACACUAGGCCUUGCUGUACAAAAUUAUAGUAAAAGCAUUUACUUGUCUUUAUUCAUAUCGCCCAAUGGGUCAUAUUAGUUUCUUUUUUAUUAUACAGGCCUUGCAGGUGGUAGUAUCCUUUGACAUGUUUCAUUUCGACGUAAAAGGCAAGAAGUAAUCUUACCGAAAUUGCAAUAUUUUUGCAUUUAACAGAUAAGCCUUUUAUAGUCAAUUCGUAAAUGUUGUGUCCACAUUGUUUGGGGCUCUGGAGGGCAAAUUACUGGUCGGAUUUCUUGAGGCAAGGAUCAAUAAAAACCAAACUUCAAAUAAAUCUGACCAGUAGUUCACCCUCCAGAGCCCUAAACAAUGCGGAUAUAUAUCAAUGGCCUAGAGGCUGUGAAUAAAGAAAAUUUGUUCCAGUAAAUGCAGAAAUUCCUGCAAGUUUUGCCGAUAAAUGACAUGAGAAGGUCAUUGCGAAAAAAGUUUUUAAGGACAAUGCGUUUGUUCGGAGUCACUGAAUUGGUAAAUAUAAUUACAAUUGUGUGCUAAUUGAUACGUUAUUUGUCUUACAUGAGGGUUUUUUAGCUCAGCUGAAAAGCUGAGCUAUUCAUAUGAGUAAAUGGUAGAAUGAGUGUCCGUCUGUCUGUCUGUCUGUCUGUCUGUCUGUCUGUCUGUCUGUCCGUUAAACAGGCACGUUUCAAAACUAUGGCGGAUAGGCGAUAGAUUUUCCCUCUGAGGCGUUGAGACCCUUCAGGACUCCUGAAUAGACCAAAUGUGGGUCUGGCAGGAUGAGCGGUUUGGCCACUAGGUGGCACCGAGCGAAAUUUUCCAAAAACUUUUCCAGCAGCUGAUUUCUCAGUUGGGGAUCAUGAAUCAAAUCUAAUUUUAUAGAGCAAAGCUUUCUCUUUCAUUAUCAAUAGGCGUAGUUCAUGAAUUUCUCACCAGGUGGUGUUACUGGCGCAAUUUAGUGAGCACCCCCCAAGAAGAGCAUUUUAAAUUUCGCGCGAGUUAUCCUACGUCCAAUCACACAUGCAGCGAACGUCACGUCUCGAGUCUGCGCAGUUCAGACGUAAGGAGACCAUGCUAUGGAAUAGAUCGCGUUCUGUCAAUUCAGAGGUAAGUUCUCAUUAAAUUCACAAUUUCAUAGGCGAUGAUAUUUGGCUGCUUGUGUUAUUGCAUGUUGAUGACAUUAGGGAAGGCUUGGAUUGUUUAAUUGGAUGUGAUUAAUUUGAAAUAGUUCGUCGACGAUCGUUGAAAAACGAUCUGCGAAAUGCAGCUUGGUUGGUCUGAGAAACGAUGUCAAAGUCCGGCUUUAAAUCAUGGAUUUCUCAACAAAUAACUCUUGUCACAUAGCAGAACUAAUGUGAAUAAACAAGACAAUAAUAAACAUCGUUCUGAUAUCAUCGGGUAAGGUUGCCAAUGUACAUAAACAGUGUAAUUGAGGAUCGACGCCAGCGAUUUGAAAUGUCAACAAACAAUAAAUGCGAUAUGAUACACACUGACACUUGCACACUGUACAUAGCACAAUGCUUCAAACGGGGCCGAUUCAUCACUCUUAUCACAAUGUAUUCCCAAUCAUAUCAAUGAACUUCCUUGAUCAUUCGGCCCUAGCGCCUUAUCAGUUGUUGUUGGCCUUGUAUUUGAUAUAAAACUUGGCUAGCUUACCUAUUCUAUCAAAAUUAAAAUGUUAUCUCCUCAUCAUGUUUUGCAGGACAGGAAUGAUCUGCAGCUGCAUUUGAACAUAUUUGGUGACCACAUCUCAAAGAUGACCAAGAGAGAGGAUCGAGCUAUGACUUUGCACAUCCAAUCGACUUCGGUGUUCACCAGUGCAAUCAUCAGAAGAGCCAGGCAAUGCUAGUAUUCAAGUAUUUCAUUCUGUAAUACUUACCUCAAAAUUUACUAAAUAAAGAAAACCGCAUGUGGCAGUUGGUUAAAAAAAUCAAGUCUAUCUGUUUAAAGUUUUUACUUGCUAUCAUUAUUAUCAACAUUUCAAUGGUGGCAUUCUGCUAAGGUUUGUUAAGAGUUUCACUUGACUUAAGCAGGGUGUACACUAGUAAAAUAUUAGCAACAUGUUACCAACAUUUUACCAACAUUUUACCAACAUUUUACCAACAUUUUACCAACAUUUUUACAACAAUUUUGCAACAAGCCCUUCAAGGCCCUGUGUUCACUAGCAACAAAAUUGCAACAAAUUAGCAACAUUUUUACAACAUGUUGGUAAAUUGUUGCAAACUUUUUAGUGGGAACAAAGGGAAAUAGGUAUUUUGGAGGGAAAAUGGAUGAUUCCAAGGAGAGAAGAUGUGUUUUGAGUGCUUCUGCAGCAAUUUUAGCUGUCAUUGUUGAGAGACGGAAGAGGCGGCGAAAUAACCAAAGAGAAUAUGGACCAGGCCCUGGAUCAAAAUGAGGGUGGAUGAUGGGGCAUACCACUGCCUGUUAAGGCCGCGUAUCCAUAGGGUAUGCCCUUGUGUAGUGUGGCGUUAUGGCGUAACAGCCUUGUGACCUGGCACUAUGCCCUGAGUCUCCAUUGGAUAUUCCCUUUUGGUCAUGGUAGGCCUUUGUAGUCCUCAUUUCGCAGCGGUCAAUCGCGUUUAUCCGCACGCUGUCAUUAUUUCAGAAGACAAUUUCUUAUGAAUAUUGAAAAUGAAAAUACAAGUAACUUGUAUUUUCACUUGCAACAUCAAAUUGACAUGUACAUGUAUAUAAAACCUGACUUAAGCAACAAAUUACAGGUUCGUGCUUGUUAUGAUAAUCAUCAGUUUCGGGGUCCCAGAGUAGUUUCCGUUGAUGAACCUCUUGAAUUAAUUUCGCCUCAGACAUUGCUUCCGUGUUGUUCACUCGCAAAAGAAUGGACAUGUUCAAUCCCAAUAUGGGCCUAUAUUCCCAAUCCACAGUGCAUAUAUGCCCGCAAUGUGACACGGCAUAACCUAUGGGAACGAUCAAUAACACCAACGAAGGUUCAUUGUCCGUGUGGCGCGCCAGGCGGUAAAAAGGGAAUGUUGUGCAGGGCACGGAACAGCCUAUGGAUACGCAGCCUAAAGGAGUUGCGGCUGACUGACAAGCCGUCACACAAAAACUUCUAGAAAAGGUUUCAUCACCCUACGAAGCAAGACACUCACUUGAGAGUUGCUAUACCUGCUUCUUGUUCAAGUCACAUGAACUCCGGUAGAUCACAUGACGCAAAUCCUAUUUCUGAUUGGCUGAAGAGUUUGCAACAUUUUUACAACAUGCAACAAAGAAUUGCAUUGCAUUUAAUUUGCAACAAUUUUACAACAUGUUGUAAGACGCGUUUUGCUCUGUACACACUACGCAACAUUUUUGCAACAUUUGUUGCAACUGGAAAUGUAAAAAUGUUGCUAAUAUUUUACUAGUGUACACAGGCCUUUAGGCAAUAAUAGAGUUGGGUAGAGCAUUUUGUUAAUGUUACCCUUUUAGUUAGGGAAACUGGUGCCUUCUGCAUUAGGUGGACCCCACUUACUCAUCUGUCAGACCGGCCUCACACGUCGGCAUUAGAGUUUAAGGUCCAGUCUGUGAGAUUUACCCAUUUCUACCCAGCCAAAAGCGGGUGAUUGGGCUAGUCUCUCCAUGUGAUUCAAUUCGCAUGGAUCUUGUGUCCCGGUGCUGAAAGGAUCCCUCCACAAGGGCAGACUACAUCCGGUGGCACUGAAGUAUGGAAGAAAGACAGAAGACGACCAAUUUGCGAAAAAGAUCAUCAUCAUCAUCAUCAUGGUAACAGCUGAGGAUGAAUCAUGUUGCUGUGUGUAGAAUUGAUGGUCCAAUAUAGGUUAGGUUAUCUGUUUGCGCACACAUUGCAAGGGUGGAGCUUGCUUGAAGUAGAUUGCGCCAGUCUACCGUAAUUCACUGUUACACAUCCAGAAGCUAAUAUCCUUAGGCUUUGAGUCCUUAGUUUAGUAGAGUUUGACGAGUAAUGUAAUAUAUACGAACAACGCAGCAACAACUCAGCUGAGCGCCAGGCCCUUGGGCCUCUUGUUAAAGCUUUUUAGAGAAUAUAUCUACAUAUAUCUAUUUAGACCUGACCUAUUUAGCUUUAUAGAGAAUAUAUCUACAUUCGCUUGGGCAAUAUCAGUUUGCCAUGCUAUAAAUAUAUGUAAUUUUGACGUUUUCUGUAAUGUUCUGUAUACAUGCAGAUGUAAAUGUAAUACAUGUCUUGUUUCAGCUUGUUCCUUCUUAUAUUGAAGGAAAUACUUCCUUGAUAUUUCUUGUAUGUUUUAUGUGUGUAUAUUACUGGUACUUAUUACCUAACUUGCCUAAGUCUAAAAAACAAAAGGAUCUUGAUUCAAAAACCUGCAUGAAAAUGGCCGUUGUGCACAAUGUUUUUUGAAAAAUUGAUAAUAGCGGAUAACUAGCUGGCAGUGUAUCAUUUCUCUCCUGGUGUCAACCAUGUGAUUGGCAAAUAUGUAUUAGGCUCAAUGUACUGGAAGUACCAAAAAGAGUUUUACCCGAGUUGUAAUAUUUUGGUGUCAGGUUUUGUUUCGGGAGUUCUGCAGAUAGGCUACGAAUAUGAAAUAUGUUCCAGAUCCGCUAAAAACUUAACAAUUUCUCUGCAGAUAAAUCACCUACCUAUUUAAUUUUGCUGUUGUUUUCUGUAAUGUUAUGUAGAUGUACAGUAGAACCUCUCUACCCACGGGACUGACAAAUCAGUGCUGUCCUGAUUAGAGAGGUCAAAUUGAAUGAAAAAAACCAAUUUGGGACCAAAACUAAUCCUUAAUGGAGAGGGUGUCCCUAAUAGAGAGGUGUCCGCUAAGGGAGGUUCCACUGUAUAUGCAAUAAUACAUGUCUGGAAUGAGCUGAAAUCAUGUAGAAGAGGUAAACUUCAGGUGUAGCAGUUUGUUAGAAAAUUUAACAAUGACUGGAAUGUGCUAUAUUCUAUUUACAUUAUUGUACUCAAAACCAUCAAAAAAGUCAUCUAGGGUUUUUGUUCGUUGUAAUGUAACUACACAGUAUAAUGUAGGCUUUCACACUCUUAUUACUUAUGGAUUUUUUUAUGAGUGAAAAGUAGAACUAGUAGUAGGCCUACUGGGUAUUUCUUACCAUUUAGAUAUUGAUAUGUUAUAGUAGUUUAGUUCUAUAUAAAUGCUUUUUGAUUUUAACUUAAAUAGAUGAACAGUGGUGUAGAGGAUGUUAUUCGCAAAUAACCCACCAACAUUUCCAAUUGCACAAAAUUUGGUAAUCAAAGUAUGGCCUUAUAAGAAUAUUGAGAAACUAUCACAAAAUAUCACGAAACAGUACAACAGUUCAGCCGACAGAUAUUUUUCUUGAAAUGACUUUCAUCAAUAAUCCGUGAUUAGUUAUAUGGGUUUUUGUGGAAAAUAAUUCCAAAAUCAUUUGCCGGUUUCCUGUAGAUGAGAUUAUGAAAAGUAUGGAAAAAAAUAUAAUUUGUGAAUUUUUCAUUAUAUUUUUUUGUCAGAUAGCUUUAUAGCAUAAAGCCUUGUGAAAUUUUGAAUUGGGAUAAUUUCCCAAUAUCCUGAUGUCAAUCGAUACUUUGUUAACCAACCAUUGAGGAAAUGUCAUUGAGAUAUUGGUGAAUAACAUUGACGUGUCAGCCUCAUGCGGUACACUUAUCUUGAAUUAUACAUGUUGUAACAGAAAAACUGACCAUGCCACGUGUCCUAAUACAUUUUUACAUCACUGUAUGAAAGUGGUUUCCAGCUCUAGUGAGGUGAGGUGCUACUUAUUGUAUCAUAAUGUUAUAACAUGGAUAAUGUGUUUGGUAUAACUUUCACUUUGGUCGUAAAAUAUUUCUCUUGCACUCUACAUGCAAGUGAUAUGCUGCCUAUAGUUUGCGUAUGUUUAUUAUUAUACGAAAGUAUGUAUAUGAAUGUAUGGGUUUAAAAACACCCUCAUCUUCGCUCAUGACCAAGAUAUUUUUUUCAUCGGUAUAUGGUACAUCAAGGUAUUUUCGAGAUAACCAGAAAACCUUAUGUGCUUUCUGAAUGUAAUGACAAAAUUAAAAGAAAUAGCCAAUCAUGUCUCCGAAAAUGUUCAGUUCCAUGCAAUUGAAAAAAAUGACAUAUGUGACCCGUCACAGCAAAAGCAGGCGCAUGUCGCUCUGAGCUUGGCAGGUUGAGACGGGCUGUUUGUUCAUUUCUCUAUUGUCUGCCUAUUGUGAAAUAUGAGCACAUCAAUUUCUUCCAUUAUCUCCUGGUGUCAUUUAGGCUCAUCUUCUGGACGACAUGCGCCUGGUUUUGCUGUGAUGGCUCACACAUUGUAAAGCAUUGAAUGUACAAUUAUUACAGAAUGGCUUGUUCCAUUGAAAUGUGAGGAUAUUUUAUUGUAAACCAUAGAAUGUACAUUUAUUACACAUGUUCAAAAUGAAACAUGCGUACCUUUGGCUGUUUCCUUUAGAUAUUGUAAUGAGGUAGUGUUAGCUCCAUGUAUUAAUUAGGACUUUUAUUUUAAACUAUUAAGCGUUCCCAUGCUCAUCAUAUUUUUGGUUGUACUUGUAGUUGGAUAAAGUGGUAUAAUUAUAGCCAGAGUACAAUUAUACAUAGUCCCUUACCUUAUAUGUAUGUGUGCUGUCCUGUAUGUCUGGUAGGAGCAUAAGUGCACUGUCCUGUAUGGCUGGUAGCAGCAUGUGCACUGUAGUCCGCUGUCACAUUAUUCCUUGUUUCACUAACAUCAUGCUGAAAUGGCAAUCCAUAAAAAUGUAUGAUUUUGUGUUUAUAUUGGGUGUUCCUGCCUUUUAAAUAGUGCUAUUUUUGUUAAAAACAAAAAUGUUUGUGCCAAAAUAGAACAAUUUUUGUAUAUGAUUACUCCUAUAUUACAGUAAUAAAAUUCAUGUCAACACAGUAUUGCUGUUUGAUGUAUAUUGAUGAUUUAAAAUACUAUGUACUGUCUUUGAAUGUACUUGUAUAUUUCUUUUCCCCAAUUAUGGGGGUGCAAUACAUAUUAUUAUUAUUAUUAUAUCCUUAUUAAAGGAGGACCACGCUAAAUGUG